AUGGUUUGCAACAAAGUGUUUAGUGAGCUCCUGACCAAGUAUGGGGUGAAACAACACAAGAUAGCAACACCGUAUCACCCACAGACUAAUGGACAAGUGGAGAAGUCUAACAGGGAAAUCAAUGCAAUUUUUGCAAAAAUAAUAAAUGCUAACAUGACAGAUUUGGCAAGAAAGUUGGAUGAUACGUUAUGGGCAUGUCACUUGCUUGUUGAGCAUGAUCAUAGAGCACUCUGGGCAUUGAAAAAGCUGAAUUUGAACUGGAGUGAAACAACCAAUUUCAGACUAGACCAGAUAAAUGAGAUGGAUGAAUUUCGUCUAAGAGCUUACUAG